AUGACACUGGGACGCUCUGUUGUUGGUAUCAUGGAUGCCCCCGACCCCCCCACCGUAGUCGCGCUACUGCCGCCAGCGCUCAUCAGUCGUCCCGGUCCUACGUGUGAGCGUGGGGAAAGGGGCUUCCAAAACUCUCUUCACGGCAAGUACACAUUUGUAAAUACCCUUGCGUCCACUGACCCGUACCGUGUAUCCAGUACUACACACUUGCAUGAUCCGUUAGCGGUACUUACUGAACGAAACUUUGCUGACGACACUCCGACUGCUGGACUUCGGAUAUUCCAUCGAAACGACCAUGACUUCAGCUUAUCACCCGGUCCGGGACGCCUACCACAACGCGAUAUGGAAACCCCUGAUCCGCCUAGCUCAGUCGAGCCCGCCGUAGACACCGAAUUACAAUCGCAAUCGACUCGUUCCUGCCACCCAAGUCGUCCCGGUCCUGAGUCUAGUGGUGGCGAAGAGGUUUUCCAAGCCGCCUUCCAUGGCAAGUAUCCUAUCAGUAACGGUAUCCAUUGCUCUGACGCAUCCUCAAUUCCCAGGACAUCAACCGUAACAAAUAUUGCUGCAUCUGCCACCACAUAUGUCCUGGUAUACUAUCAAAACGUUGGAGGAAUGAACAGCUCUCUCGCUGAGUACCAGUUAGCCUUCAGUGAUUGCUGUUAUGACGUAUACGCCCUCACCGAAACCUGGUUGAAUCAAAAUACGACGACAAGCCAGCUGUUCAACGAUUCCUACUCCGUUUACCGACAGGAUCGGUCGCGUUCAAAUAGUUGUAAAAGUACUGGAGGUGGCGUUUUGUUAGCUGUUCGCUCAGGAUUCAAGUCCUGCGCAGUUAAUCCUCCCAACAGUUCGGUAGUUGAACAAUUCUGGGUCGCGAUUACCACUGUUGACGGAAUACUCUAUCUCUGCGUAGUUUACAUCCCUCCCGAUCGAGUCAACGACGAAAACUUGAUGGGCAACCAUUUUGAAGCUAUCAAUUGGGUUGUGUUGCAAUUAAAGCCUAGAGAUAAAAUUGUUAUUUUGGGUGAUUUUAACUUAAGCGCGAUCUCUUGGCAGCGUAAUUCCCACGGUUCUCUAUUCCCGAUCGCCUCUCGAUCGUCCAUAGGCACAGCCCCGCGAAAACUGCUUGAUACAUAUAGCACCGCUGGACUUAAACAGAUGAAUGGGAUUGAAAACGAGAAUCAUCGGACCCUUGAUCUGUGCUUCGUUAGUGACGAGCUGUGCGUAGACUGUACGGUUACAGAAGCUCCGGUACCACUCGUAAAGAUCUGCAGGCAUCAUUCUCCUUUACUAACGCAGUUAAAGAUCAGGCCACAGCAACGCUUCCGGGAUACUUCCGAAAGCCUUUCAUAUGAGUUUAGUAAAACCAAUUUCAACGGUAUGAACGAUUUUCUGGGCCACGUUGAUUGGGAGGAGGUUCUCCGCGAUCACGACGCUAGUCUCGCUGCAUCAACCAUUUCUAGCAUACUGGCAUAUGCUAUCGACCAGUUCGUGCCCGUCAAGUCAAAGCGCGUACCGCCUAAACCAGCCUGGGCGAACGCUGAUCUCAAGCGCCUUAAAACGAUUAAACGUGCAGCCCUUAGACGACACAGCAAGUAUCGCACUGAUGCCACGAGAAUAAGAUACGUAGAAAUAAAUACUACCUAUAAACAACUCAAUGAUCACCUGUAUAACGCCCAUCAGAACAAUCUGCAACGCCGUCUCAAGGCAAAUCCAAAAAGUUUUUGGCGCUACGUGAAUGAGCAACGUAAAGAAUCGGGAUUACCCUCUACGAUGUCCAAUGGUCUGCUCGAAGCCGACUCCGCCGCUGACAUUGCCGACUUGUUCCGUUCUCAUUUCAAUAACGUUUUCACCAAUGAACAUCUCGAACCGCAGGAUGUAGCCGUCGCCAUCGAAAAUGUUCCUCGACUUUCUGUACCUUUGUCGCAGUUUGUUAUCUCCUUGGACAUGGUUACGUCAGCUGGAAAAAGACUAAAAUCAUCCACGGGGUAUGGCCCUGACGGUAUCCCGUCAAUCAUUUUGAAACGCUGUAUGGAGACGCUAGCGGCACCGCUUGCAGCGGUAUUCAACCUAUCCUUGGCUACAGGCAUUUUUCCAAACUGCUGGAAACAGUCAUAUGUUUUUUCCUGUCUUUAA